GGAGGAGUCAAGGUGAAACCAGAUUUGCCUCGUCCCAAUCGACCGAAGGGUGGAGGCGUAGAUUACAGUGCCGAGGUUGAUCAAAAACAGCCAGGCGGCGCAGCCAACGCUGACGUACAACCAUAAAAGGGAAGGCCGCCGUACCAACGCCCAUGUCUCUGGCCUGCGCCGCUGACACUGCGGGAUACCCGCAAGGAAAUGCGCGCAAGACUGAGAGCAAAGCCAGUGCAGCCACAACCAAGUCUUCAGCGACGGCAGGACAAGCGGCAGCUUCAAGGAUAUCGAUUCCAAAGGAUCCGGUGGGCACCGUGAAGCCUGGCGUUGUAGCCACAGAUGCUGCUUUGCCGGGGCCGUCGAAUUCCAAGGCCAGCAGAACGUUACGAAGCGACGUUGGCAGGGUUUCUCUCGCGGCAUAUGGACCGGGGCCAUCUGGAGCGCCGGCCUCUGAGCCGACUCCCAAGGACCCCGUGAGAGCGUUUGGGAUCCCAGCCGGCUUCAAUUGCCCGGCAGGCGAAGUGCGUGGCGCAGGUCCGUCGCCGCAGCCGCCGCGUGAAAACCUGGGUUCCCGUAGGAUGCCUAGCGUGCGGUUCGACGCGGCGACGGCGAUGUACGAAGGCGCGGACAUAGCCCACAUAAGUACCGGCGGCGUCAGCUUUCAGCAGCCGCCGAAAAAGCACAGCCGCAUCAAGAGGCCUUCCGAACUGCCCUACCUCCGACUGCCAAAGUUUUCGCUGGCCCCGCUGCGCAUCAUCGGGCUUUUGCGACCGCGGGCGUCGCAUCCACGCAAGCAACCGACUCUGAGGGAGCUGCUCCAGGAAGCUCAGGUGAAGGAGCAGGACCGACUGAACCUGGACACCAAGGAGCGCGAGCGGCAGCUGACUCUGGUGGUAGUCGUGCUGGUCCUGUUUCUCUACUAUCUGGGAAUGGCGGCGUCCGCCUACUACUUCGAGUUGACUGACAUCACGCCGGCAACGCCCGGUGGACGCCGCCCGCCGAUCGAUCUCCUGCGCAGUACAGUCAACGGGUCCAUCGAUUGAGAGGGAGUCUUCGGCCACUUAGCGAUGAGCUGCUGACCUGGACCGUAUCACUCAAUAUUUGCCGUGAUUUAAAUGAAGGGUCGUGUUUGUGCGCGAUGUGAGAGGGUGCCAAAAUGUCAUAAUUUUAAUGGUGAAUAUUAUGAGCGGUUCUCGACUGCAAAAUGAAGACGCAGAACUGACUAGAACAGGCGCUAAGUUCCAAUAAAUUUUUCUUACAGCAAGGCAGUGCGAUUAUAUGCAUGGGAA